GGUGUGUUCAGAGGCUUGACGGGAUUUGCUGCCGGUGUUGGUCCUGUGAUGUGUGUUCCCUGUUCUCCUGACAGCCCGGCACUGAACCAGGUACACCCGAGUGUGGGUGCGCUCUGCUGGGACUAGACGGCACUGCUCAUGCGCAGAGGAGGACUCUGAAGACUCCUGUCAAUUCUGCGACCGAGGUGUUUUGCUGCUGCCACGAUGACGGAAAUUGUAAAAUGUGCCCUCCUGCUGGCGUUAUUUUCUGUACCCUGCACUAGAGGAACAAGAUACAGCCCUCCAGAUAAACCUAAACUGACCAGCUGUCGUUCACCCGAAAAAGAAACUUUCACUUGCUGGUGGCAACCCGGUCAUGAUGGAGGACUGCCGACAACCUACGCCCUCUAUUAUCUCAAAGACAACUCUGAUACUAUAUACGAGUGUCCUGACUAUCACACAGCGGGGGAGAACUCGUGCUUCUUUAACAAGAACGACACAUCGGUCUGGGUCAACUACAACAUCACCGUGGUGGCCACCAACGCUCUGGGCAGUAACUUCUCCGACCCGGAAGAUGUAGAUGUAGCGUACAUCGUUCAACCUCACACUCCAGAGAAUGUGACAGUGAAUGUAAUGGAAGACAAAGGCUGGCCUUUCCUCCGGGUUUCAUGGGAGUCGCCGCAUAAGGCUGAUAUCCGCUCAGGUUGGAUCACGCUCAUCUACGAGCUCCGAGUCAAACUGGAGGGGGAAGAGGAAUGGGAGGAGCAUCAUGCAGGCCAGCAGAAAAUGUUUAACAUCUUCAGCAUACGAUCAGGUAGCACGUACCUUGUACAGGUGCGCUGCAAACCCGAUCACGGCUUCUGGAGUGAAUGGAGCUCCACUACAUACGUCAAAGUCCCUGAAUAUUUUUUUCGGGAGCGGUCACUGUGGAUCCUUGUUAUGAUAUUCUCUUCCUUCACUCUCAUUAUCCUCCUGUGGAUCGUACACAUGAACAGCCACAGUUUGAAGCAUUGUCUUCUGCCACCAGUCCCUGGUCCAAAAAUUAAAGGAUUUGAUCAACAGAUUUUCAAGAACGGCAGGUCUGAUGAAAUCUUAAGCGCAUUGAUGGUUCCUAAUUUCCCCCCAACGAAAUCAUCCAACUACGAGGACUUACUGGUGGAGUACCUCGAGGUGUAUGUGUCUGAGGAGCAGGAGCUCAUCCUGGAGGAAAGCAAGGACAGUUGCCUCAAGUCUGAUAGUUCCACAUGUGACAGCGAUUCGGGCCGAGGCAGCUGUGACAGCCACACUCUGCUGACGGACAAGUGUGGAGAGGCAAAAAGAGAGAGACGAGCCAGUGGUGAAGACAGCGGAAUGACGAUUGAGUCACAGAAAGGCUGGGAGGAGGAAGCACUGAGUUACACUCAGGAGGACGUAGCCACUCCUGAUGUCUCCAGUAGAAGGGUGAAGACCUGGCCUUCAGUCUUUUCUACAGUACCCCAGUAUACAACAAGUCCACUGGACCAAAAAACCUCUCUUGAACUGAGCAAGCAGCACUGCCUCUCCGAUACCCUGUUUCCUCCAGGUUCCAGUACCAAGGAGGUUCUGGGUCCAAACUACUGGGAGUUUGACUUAAGCAACAAGCAAUCACAUCUCCCCCAACCCCAAACACACGGCAGCCAGCAACUCCAGGCCCACAGUGACGUUAACAUCUCAUACACUGGCAACAAGCAGGUACCAGCUCUUCUGCAGUUGCCCGGUUUCAAGUCCACUGAGUAUGUCGAGGUCCAAAAGGUCAACCAAGAGGACAUGGUGAUUCUCCAGCCGGUGGAGUCAGAUAACUGCGGCCGUGAUGAAGAAUGUCCUCAUGUGCUUCAGGGGGAAGACUACAGUAAGGUAAAAGGGGUGGGCAGUGAUAACUUGCUGUUGCUCCAGAGCGGAGUGAAGGCGAGGAUGGGUGAUGAGAUGGAGGCAAAUGGAGUAUCAGAGAGUUGCUACACUUCCUCCUCCUUUGCCACAACACAGAAGCAUAUAGACUCCAUGCACUCUGCCACCAUACCUGGCCAGGAAGAACCAAUACGGGCAACAACUGGUUACGUUGACACAACCACCAUGUUCACACUGCCCAUGUACUAAGUGCCACAACAGCAGGUCUGGGACACUGAUAGACCUGUUUCACACAGCAACUGAAAACACUCUACAGGACUGCAGCAUAUACUGAUUACAUCCCAACUUUUUGGCUACGUUGACACUGAGUAUCCAGUGUUUUAACCUGUUGAAAACAGAGACUUUUGGAAACACUGUUGAGCCUGUUUCAGUUUGGAGCCCAUUGUGGACGGACGUACAAUGACACAGAUGCCAGCUUUCUCUCACCUGAUUGGGUCUUAUCAAUCAUUUCAUGUGUUCCCCUGAUUUGUUGUGCCCUCCUUUCUGGAAGUAACCAGGGCAUUCGACCAAUGUACUUCAAGUCCUGUGUCCACGAGCACGAUCAACUGUCCUCGUCAUGCAUUUUAGGCGUGGUAGAAUGUUCAGAGAUUAUUUCAGAAACUUUGCCAAAACGCUAUUGUGGAUGGAGAUGAUUUCAAAAU